ACGCAUCAGAUUCAUCUGCUGUGGUGUUAUAAACCUAAAUAAUACCCCCCCAAAUAUUUUUGAUAGAAUGUUGUCACGUUUUAAGAAUAUUUAGGUGUUUUAAAAUAUUUGUAUAGUGUGUAUUUUGAAGUACAGUACCAGUCAAAAACUUGCACACACCUACUCAUUCAAGGGUUUUUCUCUAUUUUUACUGUUUCCUACAUUGUAGAAUAAAAGUGAAGACAUCAAAACUAUAAAAUAGCAUAUAUGGAAUCAUGUAGUAACCAAAAAUUGUUAAACAAAUCAAAAUAUAUUUUAGAUUCUUUAAAAGUAGCCACCCUUAACCUUGAUGACAGCUUUGCACCCUCUUGGAAUUCUCUAAACCAGCUUCAUGAAGUAGUCACCUGGAAUGCAUUUCAAUUAACAGGUGUGUGUUGUUAAUUUGUGAAAUGUAUUUUCUUAAUAUGUUUGGGCCAAUCCGUUGUGCUUUGACAAGGUAGGGGUGGUAUACAUAAGAUAGCCCUAUUUGGUAAAAGACAAAGUCCAUAUUAUGGCAAGAACAGCUCAAAUAAGCAAAGAGAAACGACAGACCAUCAUUACUUUAAGACAUGAAGGUCAGUCAAUCUGGAAAAUCAACCAACCCUAAACAUUAGGGUUUUACAAGCCAAACUUUUCUUGUCAACAAAGGCAUAAUCUCUACGAACAAUACAAAACCUGUUUUUAUCCAGGGUGUUCCAAUUUCCGGAACGGUUCUUUCCACAACUAGGCAUUUGUAUACAUGAAAGUAAAAGUUAGAAUUGUUAUAUAAAUGCCUAGUUGUGGGACGACGCUAAGCCACACCAGUGCUCUGAACAUACAAAAGGUAAAUUGCACUGUGUACUGUAGCAGAGCAAUAAAAAAUAAAAAUAAAUCACCUUUAUUUAACCAGGUAGGCUAGUUGAGAACAAGUUCUCAUUUACAACUGCGACCUGGCCAAGAUAAAGCAAAACAGAGUUACACAUGGGAUAUACAAACGUACAGUCAAUAACACAAUUGACUGCAGACUGCAGACUGCAGAAAAACUAGGAGAAUCCCAGAAGAAUUAGGAGAACACUAGACGUACAUAUAAAUGAGACUUCUGGAUUGUUUCAUGUUUGUCUCUAUGGAAUAAUGUCUCAGAUAAAAGCACACAACUUUUCACCAGAUAAGCACAGAACAUAGAUUAACAAAAAGUAUUGUUUUUAUUUCGCAACCUUGGAAUUGCCUUGGAAAAGUGCCAGUUUACUGGUACUCUGCAACUGUGGAACUUUCUGACGUUGAACAUUGUACCAUAGCAGAGCUAUAAGACUGGACCCCUCUAUCCCAGCACCAGUGUUCCAUACACACAGACACAUCAAUGACACAUAGACAUGCUGUAGAUAUAGUGAUAUAUAUAAGAUAGAUAUAGUGAUACAUAUUGUAGAUACUAUAGCUAUAGAUAGACCCACAGUAGAUAGAUAUACUGGUACAUAGAUAUAGUGAGACCUAGACACUGAAGCCAUGUUCGCUCUAUGUGCCACGACUCUCCUGUACUUCCUGUCUUUUAGCCAAUCAGCUCCUGCUGCAGCUCCAGCCUGUGAGGACCUCCUUAAGCCCAUGGAUCCACCACGACUAGACCAGCAGCUCUUGAGGAAAUGGGCCCUCGUCGCAGGCAGCCUGAGCCACCCUGCAUCCCUGGAGAAUCUCAAGACCAGAGACGGCAUCACCAUGGAGUUUUCCCUCUCUACCCCCAACCCCAACCCCACCCAGAACUCCAACACCACCACAACCGUCCACUACACCCAGACUAACCGUUUCGGCAGCCGAUGCGAGUAUCGAACCUACAAUAUCUCACUCAUCAACGACAACAGCACCUUCCAGUUCGACGUGGGGGGCCGAUUCAACCUCACUGGGGUCUUCCUGGCGACCUCCUGCCCAGACUGUCUGGUGAUGAAGUGGGAGGUGAGCUCCAGGAGGAGGGAGUCCACGGACCUGUACCUGCUGAGGAACGUGGAGGGCGGGAGAGAGGUGGAGGAAGAGGAGAUGGAGGAGUUCAGGAAACAGGUGGAGUGUAUGGGGCUGCCUCCGCCAGUGGUGAUGGAGCCGGGGAAUGCCCUCUGUGGUUUCCAUCAGCUCAUCUGGAAAAACUGAGGAGAAGGAGAAGAAGAAGACGAAGCUCGAUCAGUGUGAUCAGAGAGUGGGGGCCGGGAGGCAGAUGUAGACACCGUUUCUGUCAUCGGUUUUGUAAUGCAACAUUUCUGUGUUUACUGUUUGUCGAUGACCUGUAGAAUUUUGAUAAAAAGAUGCGCGAUUUGUCAUAUUA